AUGGGGUUCGAAUCUGGUGAGAAUUGGGGCCAGUCCAUCACGACAAUGUGUGCUACGAGCUUAGGCGGGGCGAGACAUACCCGGAAUUGGACGCUGAGCACUGUGACAGGGGCAGCCGUGAUUGGGUCUAGCGUUCCGGAGCUUGCAGGGCCAGCUGCUCGUGGCGUCGUAGGUGGGCCGUCUGCAGGGCUCGACAACGUGGACGCUGAGGUUCUCAGUCGGAAGGACCACCAGGAUCCUGACGGUAGAGUCAACCAGCUUAGGGCCUUUGAUCAGGUCGCGGUCCAGGACCCCCAGGAGGCGACCACUGCAUACUAUCCUAGAUUCCUUAGGAAAGGGGUUCGCCGCAGUCCGCAUCCACCCGGCCAGAAACUUCCACGGUUGGCGGUCGACAGGGAAGAGGACGAGAACGUGGCAUACGUGUACGCCUUCGCGAAGAGGGCGGUCGUUCCUCGGCUGCAGAUAAGAUCCAAGCUUGACGAACACCGAAGUCUUUUGUCAGAGGCUCUGGCCAGACACCCUCCUCGAGGUGGAAGGUGCCCAGAUCGACAGGACCGGCAAAGGACACAUUCGCUGAAGAGGUCGGCCAAGGAGCAUUCUCGCCGCUAUCACUAA